UCCCUCCCUCGCCCCGUCAAGAGCAGACUAGCCCAACACGGGUCAGGGCGACGCAUUCGUUCGCGGGCCGCCAGCCAAGACUGCCGAAGCUGACGCGCGCUCCGUCACCAGCACGUUGCCUUGUGCCCUGGGCAGGAGCCUUUCCUCUUCUUCCGGCGACGCGGUUUGCUACGACGAGGCUUCCUCCGCUCCGUUCAGCCGGUUGAGAUAACAGCGCUUCGUGGGGUGUUGUUUUCCGGAUGCGUGUUUUCGGCUGACGCGCAGGGAUAUUUAGGGGUCCCCGAAGGAGGCUGGGACAGCUUUCGCCGGCGCGGUGGUGACGGGACCGCGCGCCUCGUGGGAUUUCGGCUCGGCGGCGCCCAGAUGAAUGAAUUUGGAAUUAAAAACAUGGAUCAAGUAGCACCUGUUUGCAAUGUAUAUAGAGAAUUGUUCAAGCGCCAACUUGCAUUUGAUAGCUUUGAAGGUGCUUUGUUCACUGGAUUCUAUCCACCAAUAAAUGAAGAUCAGACUCUUCAGGAAGUGCCAACCGGCCUUGAUUCUAUUUCUUUCGAAUCAAGCUCUUCUGAACUGCCACUCUUAACUCCAUGUAGUAAAGCUGUGAUGAGUCAGGCCUUAAAUGCAACUUUCAGUGGCUUCACAAAAGAACAGCACAGAUUAGGCAUUCCAAACAAUCCCUGGCUUUGGACACAACAUCAUGUAUGUCAGUGGCUUCUCUGGGCUGCCAAUGAAUUUAGUUUAGUGAAUGUGAACUUUGAGAAAUUUGCUAUGAAUGGCCAAGAUUUAUGCAAUCUAGGAAAGGAACAUUUUUUGGAACUAGCACCUGAUUAUGUUGGUGACAUACUGUGGGAACAUUUGGAUCAGAUGAUAAAAGACAAUGAAGAGAAGCCACAAGAUCAAUACAUGGAAAAUUCUCACCUUACUUCAUCUCCACAUUGGGUCAACAACAACUCUCUAGGCAUUAAUGUUGAACAAGUGCAGUAUUGUACUCAAGUACCCAGCUAUCCAAAAUCUCUAAGUUUCCAAAAAGCCAGAGUUCUGGGAGAUGUAUGUCAGACGACAAUUGGGCCAAAUCUUGUUAAUCUAAAACAAGAAUUUCAGAUGUUUCCGAAAGCACAAUUAGAGACUAUCAAUGUGAACUACUGUUCAAUGAAUCAGGAUUUCACAAGAAAUAAUCUCAACUUGGUGUUGGAUAAUACAAGUAAACCUAGAGAGCAUGAUUCAAAUGACAGUGGCACAGAAAGUUACGAAGGCUCAGAUUCAUUGCUACAGUCUUGGAAUAGUCAGUCCUCCUUAGUAGAUGUUCAACGGGUUCCAUCUUAUGACAGCUUUGAAGAUGAUUGCAGCCAGUCCUUGUGUCUGAACAAACCCACAAUGUCCUUUAAAGACUAUAUUCAAGAAAGGAGUGACCCUGUAGAGCAAGGGAAACCAGUUAUUCCGGCAGCAAUACUAGCAGGAUUUACAGGCAAUGGACCCAUACAGCUGUGGCAAUUUCUUCUAGAACUUCUGACUGACAAAUCUUGUCAGGCAUUCAUUAGCUGGACUGGAGAUGGCUGGGAGUUUAAACUUGCAGACCCAGAUGAGGUUGCAAGAAGAUGGGGCAGAAGAAAAAACAAGCCCAAAAUGAACUAUGAGAAGUUGAGCCGUGGCCUACGUUACUAUUAUGAUAAGAACAUUAUUCACAAAACUUCAGGCAAACGUUAUGUGUACCGUUUUGUAUGUGAUCUACAAAAUCUGUUGGGAUAUACAGCAGAAGAACUCCAUGCAAUGCUAGGAGUGCAGCCAGAUACUGAAGACUGAGCACUGCAGUCUUGUGAGCUUUGGAUGCAAGAACACAUGAAUCUGUGAAUUGGGACCUUCCGCAUCAGUCAUUGGAUUUAUCUUCUGACUGUUUGGAGUAGUACACUGUUGAACUCCUAAAAGAAGUGUUUUCAUAAUUGGGCGAAGAAGUGGAUUCAGUUUCAGGCAGAAAAAGAACUUAUGUAUCCAGCCUUUUCAGCAGUCCUUCCAAAAGUCAACCCAGUUCCUGACUAAACCUGAAGACAGCAAAAUGCUCUGGGGCUCAGGGUUCAGUUAUGUCAACUUCUAUAUAAGUAAGGGUGACAUCCAGACUAAGCCUAUUGGAAUUUCAAGGAUUAAACCCGUUCCCAUUUUACUGUUAACAACCCUGCAGACAUUACAUAUCAUUUGUUUUAUUGAGGAAGAAAAGGCUAGGUAUCUUUUAUUUAAUAUAUGUGCCAUAUAAAUUUACAAAGGGCAUUCUUUUAGAGUUGUGUAUGUUUCAUCAUACACAUCUUGGAACUAGAAGGAGCAAUGGCAGAGAUUCCAUACAAGGACAGAAAAAAAUAUACCAUUUCAAAAAAAUCUGUAUAUUUAUGUGUGGUGUGUACGCUUAAGCAUGUUCAUAUGUUUCUCUGGCAGUGAAAAGCUCCUAUUUAAUAAAUAUUGUAUAUUGUAAUUUAAAAUCAUGUAAACAUCUGAAGUGGAAGAAUGUGUUUCAAUUCAAAAGAGCAGCUUUUACAGCAUCUUGGAAGAUUUUAAUUUUUCAAGGGAAUUUAUAUAAAAUAAGCACAUGCCAAGUGCCCUGUCACAGAAGACUGUUUAAGGCUGACAAACACCUGAACUUUUAUGGCAAGAUAAUUGUUCAGUCUGGUCAUAAAGUGUGAUGCUGUAACUGAAAAUAGCAAUGUCGCUUAAAUUAUAUUUAUUAAUGGAAAAUCACUUCUAUGCAUGUCCUUUUAAAAACAAUUGAUAUAUAUAUAUAUAUAUUUCUUAUUCUUUCAAUUGUCCCUUUUCCAUCCCUUUCGUUCACUUAUAAUGAAUUAUCCUGAUUAAAAUAAGAAUUCUAUUUUUGAAAAAAAAUACCUGAUUUCUUUUCUGCAAUUAGAAAACAGAUAUAUAGCAGCUAUUUUUACUGCAAAAGCAAACAGCUUCACUGGAAAACAAUUUGUAAGAAAACAUUUUUAAUUUGAAAAUGCUGUAAACUUACAAAAUGAAGUUUAAAAAACAUUGACUUUUAUUAAAACACCUUGAACAAGG